UCAGUAAAGAUUACGGUGAUUUACCUUCUGUAAAAAGGUCCGGAAGGAUUACCUCAGGUAAUACUAAUCCCGUGCGAAUAGACCAGCUGUAAAUAUGUAGGUAAAUAUUCCGCAAUUAUCUAUUUAAAAGUAGUUUUCCGCGUUUUUUCCACGCUUGAAAUAGCAUUCAGUUGACAGUUGCGUUCUAGGCGGUGGGACAAGUCUGCGGCAAACCUCGAAUGUUUUCUGCAUAUGACAAUACAUACCAUUCAGAUCAAAAGAAGAUCGAAAGCACUUGUUAGAGGCACGGGACUUCUGUUAGCUUUAGGUAAGUGUCUAUUGCAAACAGAAACCAAUCAUAAUUUAAUUAAUAAAUCGAUGGAUGUAGCAUGAACAUGAUGACAGGGAGGGACGGUGUUCUGUCAGAUUUUGCUACCUCCCAUUAAAACAGUAGGUAGUACAAUUCGACAACGAAAAUUACUACCUGUCAAAUUUACCACAACCCUAAACCUACCCUUACAGUAAUACAAAUACAGUAAUUAUGUGUUAUAUUCGCUGUUGUGGCUAGAAGGGAUACAGCUACCGGAAACCAACAAUAAAUAAUUUUCUUCUACCUAUUAGAUGUGUUUUAUUAAUGUCUACACCAACCACAACCCUAAACCUACCCAUACAGUAAUGCAGAUACAUUAAAUAUUGUUGUGUAGCAUGAGAAAAAAAGACGCAAUAUUGAUUUGUGCAUGCGCAGUAAGCCCUGGUAGGAAAAUUUGACGGGUAGGAUAAAAUGUCAGGACAACGGCGGUGCGUAAAUCGAGUUACUCCUCCCACUUCUGGUCAUUUUACUGAGAUUUCUUAUCCCGUGCGAAUUGGCCAUUAAUAUUACAGACGUCCUGUGGUAAAUUAACAUUACUCCAUCUACCCUUGUAGAACUAAUCCAGUCCGAACAGGGCUUUAGAAAAGACAGACAGACGGUGAUAUGCUGAUGUGACAAUCUUUAUAAAAACAGUAGUUCAAGUCUUCAGAUGUUUAUAGCUUCCGACAUUUACAGGAUUUUACAACAUGAUUGACAUCGUUUCCUUUUCUAGAUUUAUCAGCACAAUAUAAACUGCCUGGACAGGAGGAAUACUGACUGCAUAAUGUGGUGUGGUGUGAUGAUAUUUGCUAGUUUAGGCUAUUAUUUUUAGUCUUUAAGACUUUCUCAUGUAAAAGAGCUGGCAAACAGUAUGAUUUUGAAAGUCUUGGGUAAUUGAUAUUGAUUUUAUCGAGGGUGUUUGAACCUACCACAGACUUAUGCAUUCUCAUUUUUAAAAUUAGUUUUUUUGGGUGAAGAAUUAAGUUGGUAAAGAUUUUCAUUCACAAAUUACACCAUUCUGUGAUUUCCUCAGAAUGAAUUAUGGUAGAAUAAUUUUAGAUAAUUUAGCAUAAAUAUUCAGUAAACGAACAUUCAGUAAUUAGUUAGUCAACCUGAUGUUGUUCUAAAGCUGUAUUACCAUGUGGGGACAGUUGUGGCCAAAUGUGGGGGUCCCCCUGGGGCCCUAAGCGACCGCUUACCUACUUAUUGGUUAAGUCCACCCUGAUUCUAAUGUUCCUUCAUGUUUUAUUUCAGUUCAGUCUAGAAGCAAAGGCCAAAUUCAUCUGAACCCAGCUGUGUGUGCAUGAAGAGUGACCGGUCAAUGGAUCAUCCACGUGACUUCAGUGGACAGAGUGGUCUUAUGUUUAGUUAAAAACUGUAUUAAACAUGGAUUGAUUCUUCGUAAAGUCUGUGAUAAAAUUAAAAGUGAUUAUUUUAAUGUGGAUGCAGUGAAAUGGCCCACAAUCCCAAAUCCUGAAAAUUUUCAGAGAAUGACUUACAGUGAAUCCUUCAUUUAGCAUAAAUAUUAAGUUAAUGAACAGUCAGUCAUUAUCACAGUAGCCACGUUUACAUGUACACUUUUUUAUAAUUCCGAUUAAAAUCAUUCUGGUUGAAAGAUUCGGUGGACUGUUAACAUGAGACGUUAUCUGAUCCGAACGACAACAAACAGCCUACAAAUCACCAGAGGAAAAAACGCCUGUGUUUUUUUUGCGUUAAUAUUUGUAAUAGCUGCUUGCGCUUGCUCAGAAUAAACAAACUAAUAUUUGAAUCCCUUGCAUUCAUUAGAGCGCUCAUUGAUUUCUCGUUUGCAGUUUCUAAUAACUAAGUUGCACAGAUAUAUCUAUCAGAUAAAAUAAUAAACGCAAUAUAUCUUGUUCUCAGCCAGUUGAUCAUCAUAUCGCCACAAUUUCUUAAUGUUAAAGCAUUGAGGGAUAAAGUAACAGUACGACCCUCUGUAAUGCAGCUCUGAAAUGAAGUGCAUUGUGAUACUAAAAAGUUUUACUGUAACAGAACAAAUAAACGAUUUCUUACCAAGAGUUGCUGAAAUCAAAGGAGCGUUGCUUUAUGAACACGGAGAGUGAUCGCAACAAGCUCUAUCACAAAUAACAUUUCCAGGCAUGUUUUCGUGCAUUAUUCAUGGCGUGAGCACUCAUAAAUUCAAGCAGAUUGGAAGUUAUGAAUCUGUAAUAAAUAAAUACAAAUGACAAAGGCUAAUUUUGGUCAAGUUGUUUAUUUUCAUUGAGCUAUACUGUCACCAUUGUGUUGUUUCUAAACUGAAAAGCUGAAAAUUGUGCUUCGUUUCAGAUCCGUUCUCCACUCCGGUCAUGAGAGCAGAUAUAGCAGUUCAUUACACAGCAAGCGUUCUCCAUUCUAAUGUGUUUUUAACCAUAUAAUUUACAUUUGAACUUCUACCUCCACUAUUUCUCAGUCUCUACUGUAGUGUCGGUGUCCCCAAAUUACAGAAUGCCGCAAAGUAAUCGGUUUAACACGUUUACAUGGCAGGAUUUUAAUUUUGUUCGGUUUAUAGAAAGGUUUAUUCCACCCCUCUCAAACCGAUUACAAUUUCAUUCGGUUUGGGCAUUUUUAUUCUGAUUGAGAUGUUUAUAUGGAGCAUUUUCAUUCGGAUUGGACUUUUAAACCAAUUACAAUGCUUCAUGUAAAUGCACAUAGUGUCUAAAUCUAACUUUCUUUCUUUCAUGUUUUGUUUCAGUUCAGUCCACAAGCAAAGACAAGGGUUAUCUGAACCCAGCUGUGUGUCCAUGAAGAGUGACCAGUCACUAGAUCCUCCACUUAACUUUAGUGGACAGAGUGGUUUAGUUCAGUUCAGAAGCACAGACCAGAGUCAUCUGAACCCAGCUGUGUGUCCGUGAAGAGUGACCAGUCACUAGAUCUUCUACUUACCAUGGAUGGACACACUGAUCCUAAGUUUAGCCAUCAACAUGCUGAAGCCCUCAAGACAUUCAGAUCAAAUCUGAGGAAGAAGUUUGAGUGUCUGUGUGAGGGAACAGCGACGCAGGGAAACCCAACACUGCUGAAUGAGAUCUACACAGAGCUCUACAUCACAGAGAGUGAGAGUGGAGAGAUCAAUAAUGAACAUGAGGUCAAAUGCAAUGACAUCUUCAGACCUUUACCUGGACAAGACGAACCCAUCAGAACUGUGCUGACAAAGGGAGUCGCUGGCAUUGGAAAAACAGUCUCUGUGCAGAAGUUCAUCCUGGACUGGGCUGAAGAGAAAGAGAAUCAGGACGUCCAGCUCAUAUUUCCACUUCCUUUCAGAGAAAUCAACUUGAUGAAGGACAAAACACUCAGUCUUUCAGAUCUAAUGCAUAUUUUCUUUCCUGAAACCAAAGAAAUGAAGCCAUUCAGUGGUGAAUAUAAAGUUGUCUUUGUUUUUGACGGUCUGGACGAGUGUCGUCUGUCUCUGGAUUUUCAGAGCAAUGUGAGGUUGUGUGAUGUAAGUGAAUCAGCCUCAGUGGACGUGCUGCUGACAAACCUGAUUGCUGGGAAUCUGCUUCCCUCUGUUCUCAUCUGGAUCACCUCCAGACCAGCAGCAGCUGACCUCAUCCCCUCUGAGUGUGUCCAUCGAGUGACGGAGGUACGAGGCUUCAAUGAGCCACAGAAGGAGGAAUACUUCAGGAAGACAAUCAGUAAUCAGAGUCUGGCCAACAGGAUCAUCUCACACCUGAAGUCCUCAAGGAGCCUCUUCAUCAUGUGCCACAUCCCAGUCUUCUGCUGGAUCUCAGCCACUGUUCUGGAGAAGAUGAUGAGUCAAGCAGAGAGUGGAGAGAUUCCCAAGACUCUCACUGAAAUGUACACACACUUCCUGAUCAUUCAGACCAGCAUCAAACAUGAGAAGGACUAUGAGAAGAAUGUGAAGGAUGAAGACAUGAUAGUGAAACUGGGGAAACUGGCUUUCCAGCAGCUUGUGAAAGGAAAUCUGAUUUUCUAUGAGGAAGAUCUGAGAGAGUGUGGCAUUGAUGAGACUGAAGCAUCAGUUUACUCAGGAUUGUGCACUCAGAUCUUCAGAGAGGAGUUGGGUUUGUAUCAUGGAAGAGUCUUCUGCUUUGUUCAGCUGAGCAUUCAGGAGCUUUUCGCAGCUCUUUAUGUGCUGCUUUCAUUCCUGCUGGACAAGAGAGAUGUGCUCAAUGAAAACCUCAGCUCAAAACAUUCACACAAGUUCACAUGUCACACAAUAUCUGACCUGCAUCAGAGAGCCGUGGACAAGGCUUUACAGAGUAAGAAUGGACAUCUGGACCUUUUCCUCCGAUUUCUUCUGGGUCUCUCGCUGGAGUCCAAUCAGACGCUCCUUAAAGGUCUUCUGAUGCAUGUUGUAAACAUCUCAUACAGUGAAGAGAAAACGAUUGAGUACAUUAAAACAAGAAUAAGAAUGAAUCCCUCACCAGAGAAAUCAAUCAAUCUGUUCCACUGUUUAAAUGAACUGGGUGAUCAGUCUCUCGUCAAUGAAGUCCAGAAGUAUCUCAGAUCUGGAGGUCUGUCAGGCGCUAGAUUGUCCUCAUCACAGUGGUCAGCUAUUGUCUUUGUUUUGUUGACCUCAGAGCAGUUGGAUAAAUUUAAUUUGAGGAAAUACAUAAACAGAGAGCAAAACCAAAACCUCAUGACACCUGAUGAAGUUCUUCUGAAGCUCUUGCCUGUCGUUGAAGCCUCCAGAUCAGCUUGGUUGAGGGAGUGUGGCGUCACAGAUGAAGGUUGUGCUGCUCUGAGUUCAGCUCUGAGAUCAAACUCCUCACAUCUGAGAGAACUGGAUCUGAUUGGGAAUAAACUAGGAGCUGCAGGUCUGACGCUGAUCUCUGAUGGACUGAAGGAUCCUCGCUGUAAACUGGAGAAACUGUGGUUGUAUGAUUGUGGCGUCACAGAUGAAGGUUGUGCUGCUCUGAGUUCAGCUCUGAGAUCAAACUCACAUCUGAGAGAACUGAGUCUGAAUAGGAAUAAACUAGGAGAUGCAGGUCUGAUGCUGAUCUCUGAUGGACUGAAGGAUCCUCGCUGUAAACUGGAGAAACUGUGGUUGAGUCAUUGUGGCGUCACAGAUGAAGGUUGUGCUGCUCUGAGUUCAGCUCUGAGAUCAAACUCACAUCUGAAAGAACUGGAUCUGUCUGAUAAUAAACUAGGAGCUGCAGGUCUGACGCUGAUCUCUGAUGGACUGAAGGAUCCUCGCUGUAAACUGGAGAAACUGAAGUUGUAUGAUUGUGGCGUCACAGCUGGAGGUUGUGCUGCUCUGAGAUCAAACUCCUCACAUCUGAGAGAACUGGAUCUGUCACUGAAUAAUCUAGGAGAUGCAGGUCUGAUGCUGAUCUCUGAUGGACUGAAGGAUCCUCGCUGUAAACUGGAGAAACUGUGGUUGAGUGAUUGUGGCGUCACAUAUGUAGGUUGUGCUGAUCUGAGUUCAGCUCUGAGAUCAAACUCACUUCUGAGAGAACUAGAUCUGUCAUGGAAUAAUCUAGGAGAUGCAGGUCUGAAGCUGAUCUCUGAUGGACUGAAGGAUCCUCGCUGUAAACUGGAAAAACUGACGUUGAGUGAUUGUGGCGUCACAGAUGAAGGUUGUGCUGCUCUGAGUUCAGCUCUGAGAUCAAACUCACAUCUGAGAGAACUGGAUCUGUCUGAGAAUGAACUAGGAGAUGCAGGUCUGACGCUGAUCUCUGAUGGACUGAAGGAUCCUCGCUGUAAACUGGAGAAACUGACGUUGAGUGAUUGUGGCGUCACAGAUGAAGGUUGUGCUGCUCUGAGUUCAGCUCUGAGAUCAAACCCCUCACAUCUGAGAGAACUGGAUCUGUCUGAUAAUAAACUAGGAGCUGCAGGUCUGAAGCUGAUCUCUGCUUUAAAAGACGAUCCACAUUAUAAACUGGAGAAGCUGGAGACAGACUGUUAAAUGAUGGUGAAUAUAGAUCACGACAGACACAUUGAAGUCAACAGAAACAACAGAACUGAAGUCACGGUGAUCCAGCGCUGAAGUGUGUGUGAGAUACAGGAGUUUUUGAGUGAGGAAGAAUUCAGCUUUACCUCACAACAAGACUGUGACUGUGAUUGUGACUGUGAUUAUGAUUGUGAUUAUGAACGGUUGUGUUUUGAAGAGUGACAUGAUCCAGCAGAGGAUAUCAUUUCUUAUGAGGAAAUCAUUUAUUCAUACUUACAUUAGUUACCAUGUUAAAUCUAGAUAAGCAUGUACAUGUUUUACUAGUUGUGCUAUUUCAGACCUUUAUUGCCAUUUUAGACCUGUUACUGACAGCAGAGGACUUAAUAUUGAGAAUGAAAUAUGUUGUCCUUGAUACACAGGCAACUUUUCAGUAUAUCUAAGUACCACAAAACAAGUAUGUAUAUUUUAUGCUGUAUAAAAUCAAAAUUCUAUAUGCUUUAUAAUAAGAUGUACAUAUACCAAUAUGAUGUAAAACUAAGUGUGUUACUAACCAAUAUUAUUGUAACAGUUUGUUAUAAAUACAGUGUAAUGAGACUGUAGUCAUUAAUAAUGUCUCCAGAGCCUAAAAACACACAAUUUGAGGGUUAAGCUCUAAUAUGUUUAAAACUCUCUUUGUUAUUUCUAAUGAUUAUAUUGUAUAUAAAUGUAAAUGUUUUUACAUUAGUGAAAUUUAUUUUAGUGAUAAUUACUUUCAUUAACCAAGAAAAAAGACGUUUUAAGUUCAACAGGCACUGAUGGCAGUAGUAAGUUUAGCAAUAGUUUAAAUUGUCAAACGCCAGACAGAAACAAUCCUCUGCUGUCAGGCACUUCUGUGUUUUCUGUCUCAUCGAUGAGAUCUGCGCUCCUCUGCUCUUCCUGACACUGGAUCAUCCUCGCGCUCUGACAUCCACACAUCCGCCUGUGCAUCGCAGAAGAUAGCUAGACAUAAGCGAUAAUACAGCACUUAUAUAAUAUUAAGUGGAUUAAUCUCAGAUUUAUUGAUCUUAAUGCAUGUUAAAGACUUAUUAAUGUCUCUGUAGAGGCAGAAGACACUGUUUUAAGGAAUAAAAGGAUCUGCUCAGAUGGAUCACGAAGGAGAAAGCAUACCCACGAUGGAUAAUGAAGAACAAAACAGUCAUACAGACUGGCUCCCAUCAAAUUUCAGAAUAUGUACAUCGUCAAAAGAAUACAUCACAGGAAUUGUUUCUUCUUCAGAAGAACUGAGACAUCUUCUGGAAAGCCACAAGCGUGCAUCUGGCGCAUCUUACACUGUUU